AUGUCACUUACUGUCUCUACCUACUAGUUUAGCUAUAACGUGUGUGUACUUAAUUCUGUGAAACCGAAGAGGUGCGAUAGACAUUAAAUAAGGUUCAUAAUUGAGAUACUAUUGACAAUAUGUCAACUUCAGCAAUUGAUAACUCAUUGGAUUCCAUUCUUGUGGAAAUAGGUGAUUUUGGGAAGUAUCAGAUCUAUGUUUUUGUCUUAGUAUGCAUUCCAGUAGUAUUACACUCAUCAGUACACGUGGCUUAUGUAUUUACAGCCAUGGAUUUGACUUACAGAUGUGGAAUCCCAGAAUGUGACCAAGACUCAACCGACUACGAACCACCAUGGUUAAUCAACGCUGUACCUUACACCCAAGGGAUUCCUAACAAAUGUGACAUGUACCUUUACAACUCCACCGCUGAGGCAGCCAAUGAGACUUGUUCUGCCAGCGAUUUUGACAAAAAUGAAGUUUCAAGGUGCUCCUCAUUUAUUUACAAAACAGAUGAAGAAAGCAUUCUACAAGAAUAUAAUUUGCAAUGUAGCGAUAAUCUAUGGAAACUAACGCUAGUGGGAACAGUGAACAGUUUUGGGCAAUUUUCUGGGCUCCUCAUUGCGGGAAUGCUUUCAGACAGGUACGGUCGUCGAAGAGUUAUGGUGUGGGGAAUGGUUUUGUGUGCCAUUUGUGGAUUAAUCCGGACUGUAAUGCCAACUUAUGAGUUGUUUUUGCUUAUGGAAUAUCUGGAUGCAGCGUUUAGUGCUGGAACAUUUAUCUGUGGAUAUAUCUUAGGUGUUGAGUUAGUUGGACCUAAGAACAGAGUUAUAACCGGAAGCAUAGCAACUUCUUGCAACGCCACUGGCUUCAUUCUAACUUCUGUAGUUGCGUGGAUUGUAAGAUCUUGGAGAAUGAUUAUCUACAUAUUAUACACACUGCCAUUCUUUUUGAUAUUGUACUUGUGGAUAGUUCCUGAAUCCAUAAGAUGGAACAUCAAAAAAGGCAGGAUAGACGAGGCAAAAGUAACUUUGAGAAAAUUGGCCAAAGUAAACGGAAAAGAAAUUUCCGAAAGAACUCUGGACAAAUUAAACAUCGUGGAUGAUAAACAGCAAAAUGAAAGUGGCAACCAGUUUUUCCUGUCAUUAAAAUCUCCAGUUCUAUUAUUAAGAUUUAUGAAUGCUUGCUUUGGCUGGAUAACCUGCGCUUUUGUAUUUUAUGGUUUAUCUAUCAACUCUGUGACAUUGGCGAGUGGGAAUAAAUAUAUGAAUUUCAUUUUAUCGAGUUUGGUCGAGAUACCGGCAUAUUUCUUGUGCCCAUUCCUAUUGUCUUAUUUUGGAAGAAAGAAAUCACUCUUUGGAUUUUAUGUGCUUGCAGGGGUAGCCUGCGUAGCAUUUAUUUUUAUACCCUCAAGUGCAACAGAAAUUAGUCUGACAGUUUACAUGAUAGGAAAAUUUGGAUCCACAGCCACCUUUGCUAUCAUCUAUCAAUUAACCAGUGAAAUGUUUCCAACCACAACUCGACAGUCUUAUAUGGGAGCCUGCUCCACCUUUGGCAGAUUGGGCGUCAUGGUAGCUCCACAAAUGCCUCUUCUUGCUAAUAUCUGGACUCCUCUACCAUUGGUUUGUUUCGCUGGCUUUGCAUUUAUAGCGGCAUUCUUGACAUUGUUUUUCCCGGAAACACUUAACGUUAAGCUACCGGAUACUAUAGAAGAAGCUGAAAAUAUGUCGAGAUCCAAAUUAAAGCAAAACCGUAUCAGAUCUUGAGACGUGGCUGAAUUGGGAAUAAAAAAUCUAUUUGUAACUAAAUCAUUGUUUCCCAUACAAUUUUAUUUAUUUAAACAAUAAUUACAGUACAAUGACCCUCAAAUGCAAAUCAUGUGUUACUAAUAUAUAUAGGUAGACGUAAAACACUGUAUUAAAUAUUAUUUAUUCCUUUAAAGUCAC